AUGAACGGACACUCCAAAGUUACUUCCCGACUUUACUCGUCCCCUCAACUCACCGAGUUCCAAGAGAUCUGCUCGCAAACCACAGACCCAACAACCUACCCACUAGCCAACGACAUCCAAUCCAACAUCCCCAUCUACGAUCUCCCCGCCCUCGAAUCCACCCUAACAGCCACCCUACUCACCCGACUUCAAGAUGAAUGGCACCACAUCCUACACAAAGGCCCAGGCGUCUACAUCCUCCGUUCCAUGUACCCCUCCCCAAAAUACACCCAAACCCUAACCUCCACCAACGAAGCCUUCAACGCAAUAAUCGCCCGCGAACGCACCCACCCAACCAAAAAGGGCGACCACUUCGCCGCAGCCAACACAAACGACCGCAUCUGGAACGCCUUCUCCAAACACGCCCUCCAAGACCCAUCCUCCUUCCUAUCCUACUACUCGAAUCCCUGGCUAGCAGCCGUCGCCGAAGCCUGGCUGGGCCCGGGAUACCGCCUGACAGCCCAGGUCAACGCCGUGCACCCGGGCGGCGCAGCGCAGAACCCCCAUCGCGAUUACCACCUCGGGUUCGCGGACGAGGAAGUCUGCAGGCGCUAUCCGGCUGCUACGCAGCUCGCAUCACAGUUCCUGACGCUGCAGGGGGCUGUCGCACAUAGCGAGAUGCCGCUGGAUAGCGGGCCGACCAGGUUCCUGCCUUUUAGUCAAUUGUAUGGGGUGGGGUAUUUGGGUUGGCGGAGACAAGAGUUUAGGGAGUUUUUUGAGGAGAGGUUUGUGGCAUUGCCGAUGGAGUUGGGAGAUGGGGUGUUUUUUAAUCCGGGGUUGUUUCAUGCUGCUGGGGCCAAUGAGAUGGGGGAGGGGGCUUCCGGCAUUAGUUGUGCGUUUGGGAAGAGUAUGGAGAGUGUUGAUUGUUUGCCGAUUGUUGACGUGACGUGGGAUUUGUUGGUUGAGAGGUAUCGGGGUGCUGGGGGUAUGGCGGGGGAUCUUGAUCUGGAGAGAUAUUCGGUGGAGCAGAGGGAAAUUAGGGCUUUUGUCAAGGCUGUUGCUGAGGGGUACCCUUUUCCUACGAAUUUGGAUCGCAGGCCACCUGGGGUGGGUGGGAUGGCGCCGGAGUCGGAGCAGGAUGUUAUUAUGCGGGGAUUGGAGGAGGGUUGGGAUAGGAAGCAGGUUGUCGAUGCUUUGGAGCAGAUGCGUGUUGACUCGCGGGCAUAA